AGUGGAAGACCGCCUUCCUUGCUCAGGAGGAAGGAAAAACUUACGGAAGCAGCCCCGAGCCUACUGAAGCAGAGAAGUAUCUCGCGAAGGGUUUCUGGGUGCUAAGGGGAUGGGGCGCCAGGCCGAUUGACGGUGUACACCCGCCUAGUCGCCGGAAGUGUCUGCAAGAGCUAGGAGGUGGGAAGAUACGGAGAGGGCACUCAGGCUUUGUGGUGCCUGAAUCCGUUUAUAAUUCCACAUUUUCUCUACCAGCGAGGAGUGAACUUAGUGAGGAUCCCUCCACGCAUGUCUUGGGAAGAGUCUUUUAUGGAACCUCGUGAAAAGUGUCACCAAAGUACUGUAGCCAGGGCUGCAGAAUAUUUACUAUUACUGUGCUGACUGAAUAAGCACUUGAACGAGUUUAGCAGCUUUGGACGGAAGUGUGGCUUAAAUUCACCAGAACGCUGCGCUGACCUGCGUGGGCGGAGCUAGAGUUGCGCCCACAGCCGAGCGUGGUAGCUCACGCCGCCUGUGAGCUCCAACAUUCUGCAGGUUGAGGCAGGAGGAUUGCCCAGGCCUCGAGGCCAGCCUGGGCGGCAUAGUUAGACCCAAUCUCAAAACAAAAAACAAACAAGAGUUGGGCCCACCCGGAACCUAGCGCCGGAAGCGUGUCCGUGUGGAAACACUGCUCGGAGGAGGGACAGGAAGUGUUCCUAGGCGGAAGUUUCGGGGGGAAGCAUUAGCACCUAGGACACUUCCUGGUUCCUGGUAACAAUAGGAAGUGUCCGCGGAACUGGGCUAGACUCUUGGCUCAUACCAGCUGUGCCCCGUUCCCUCUACCUCCUUCUUUCUCCCGCUUCUUUCCCUCAUCUAUCACUCCCGGGAACCCUGGCUGAGUGUGCGUGUGUAUGAACUCGAGAACCCUCGCACCAGCAACCACUUAGGGCUCGCGGCUGCAGUUAGGGUAAGGGUCCCAGUGCGCAGGCGCGCUCCCGUUCACGACCUCCAACGGACGCGCCGGCGGCGGGAACCAGAAGGCACUCCUGGUGCGAGGUAGGGAUCUAGAGAAGAAAUUGGCAGAAAAGACUAGUGACUCUAGAGAAAUAUGAUGGUGGCUGGUUAGGAAAAAGGGACUCCAGUGAAGGAGUUUUGAGAAGUGAGAAUUAGGCUCGGCUUGUGAGAUUAGAAAUAGUUGUAUUAGGGUCCCAGGAGACUAUAGUCAGCCUAGGAGAAAGGCAAGAUGAUGAGGCAGAAAUGAGCAACCGCUACUGGGCAGGCGAGGGUUUUGGAAUGAAAGUUGCCUCCUGAAGUGAGUUUAUGUAAAAAAAAAACAAAAAAACAAAAAAACAAACAAAAAAAAAAAACGAGGUAACAUUGUUGGAUUUAGUGGCAUAAAUAUACUUAGAUGUUUAUCGUGGUGUCACAUGACUCUAAUCCCAGCACUUGGGAAGCUAAGGCUACAUAGUGAGACUCUAUCAGAAUUGCCACCCCCACCCCCUAAUACACUUGUAUAACAGCCGUGCUUGGCACAUGGUACUGUCCAGUGUGAGUUGCUCUCAUAAUUUAGAGAGGAAGUAGAAGAGAAAACAGUGUUGGAGACAGCGAGGUAAGGUAGGCAGGGGUUAGGAAAGGCAGAGGAUAAAGUUAAAUUUCAACCUUAAAUGGGAUGGGAUUAAAUGUAUUUAAAGGAAGUAAAACAGAUGCCUAACAGUUAGGAAAACAGUGUGAUGCUGAGAAGCCUGAGGCGAGGUUCGUCCCUAAAAGGGACACUACCUUCUAAGAAGCUUAGGUGGCCACUGAAGAAAGCAGCUGCUCUCUGUCAGUGUUCUCAGACCACUGGGUUUAGCUGAAGGUUGAAGAAAGAAGGGUUACACUUCUGUUAUUGUAAGGCCUGGCCAACUAUCGUGGCUCGCACCUUCAGUCUCAACUCUCAAGAGUCUGAGGUAGGAAAAUCCAUGAGUUUGCAGCCAGGUUGGGUUUCUCAGGGAAUUCCAGAGCAGCUUGAGCUUCACAGUGAGCCGAGACCAUAUCUCAGAAACAAAACAGCAACAAAGCCAGAAAUAGUUCUGGUUUGUUGUUUUAAAAAACCUCAUGGAUUUUUGUUAUGUUGUUCCAGAAUGAUAGAGUGCAGAGCCUGAAGAAGAAUAAGAUCAAUUAUAUAUCAUCUAAAAAACAAAAUCAGGUCUGUCUAGAGUCUAGACCCUAGAUUUUAGUUUUCCUUAUUUCUCUCUGGCUCUAGAGAUGACUUAAGGCUAGGGAAACUUUUCUAGAAGUUAGUGCAUGGUGAAGCUUUCUGAAGGUACGUCCAGACCUAAUAGCAGGUUCCUUGGCAUGAAUGGUUGGGGAACCUCUUUUUGACAUGCUCGUAUAUCUAAGAAACAAAACUGACUCAGUCCUUCCUUUUGACUACUGCUCCCUCUUUCUAGGCCUUGGCCCUUCUGCAGAGAGAAUGCUGCUGCCACCUGUCUGUCCCUCCUGAACCUCCAGGGUUUUCUACCACUUUGCCCCAUGGAGGACAUGCCCCUCUCAUUCAGUUGCUCUGACUGUCAGCGCCACUUUCCUAACCUCCCAGAACUGUCACGGCAUCGGGAACUGCUCCAUUCAGCUGCUAACCAGGACAAGGAGGAAGCUGAUGGCAUCCCUCACCCCUAUUGCAGUCAGCCAGGGAGCUUAGCCAACCACCAGCGGAACCACGAGACUGGUCUUUUCCCCUGUACCACCUGUGGCAAGGAUUUUUCUAAUCCCUUGGCCCUCCAGAGCCAUAUGAGGACUCAUGCUCCUGAAAGCCACCAAAGACACAGACCCCCACAUGCCAAGGAAACCAUUCCACACCUUCAGAGAGAGACCAUGUCCACUGACUCCUGGGAUCAGAGGCUUGGUUCUGGGGAAGGCUGGGAAAAUCAGACAAAGCAUGUACAAGAGACACAUGAAUGGGAAUCUGGGACUGAUCCCAGGGCAGCUUCAGGGACUUGGGAAGAACCACCUACCAAACAAAGAGAAGGCUUAGAAAUUCAGCCAGAUUCUAAAGGAAGUACAGAGGACUGGGUACCCACCACCAAUUCUGAUGGAGCACCACCACUCCCCACUCCAGCGAGCAACCUCCUUAGCAAUUUGGAACAGUAUUUGGCUGAAUCAGUAGUGAACUUCACAGAGGCACAGGAGUCCACUGAGCCUCUUCCUGCUGAGGUGGAGCGAAGAUACAAGUGCGAUCAGUGUGGAAAAACCUAUAAGCAUGCUGGGAGCCUCACGAACCACCGCCAGAGCCACACACUGGGUAUCUACCCUUGUGCCAUCUGUUUCAAGGAGUUCUCUAAUCUCAUGGCCCUGAAGAACCACUCAAGACUCCAUGCCCAGUAUCGGCCUUACCACUGUCCUCACUGCCCCCGUGCCUUUCGGCUCCCUCGGGAUCUGCUGGAGCAUCAGCAGUCCCAUGAAGGGAUAAAGCAGGAACAACCAUGGGAAGACAAAGAGAUGCCUACCACAAAUGGACAUGCAGAUGAGAGGAGCUGGGGUCAGCUAUCUAGAACAGGGAUGUUGAAUGGUUCUGGGGAGCUCAGCUCUUCUGGGCAGCUAGAAGAUGGUAACUCAGAGGAGUAUCGACCUUUCUGUUGUGGGGACUGUGGCCGUACUUACCGUCAUGCGGGUAGUCUCAUCAACCAUCGAAAGAGUCACCAAACAGGUAUCUACCCCUGUUCCAUUUGUUCCAAGCAGCUAUUCAAUGCAGCUGCUCUGAAAAACCAUAUUCGUGCUCAUCAUAGACCCCGGCAAGUAGCUGGGGAAGAUGGUCAGUCAUCAGUGUCCUCAGCUGCUCCUAUGUCAGCUGAGAAUACUCCAAAAGAGGAAGAAGUACCCACUGCCAGCCUGGACCAUCGUCCCUAUAAGUGUAAUGAGUGUGGUCGGGCUUACCGCCACAGGGGGAGCCUGGUGAACCACCGCCACAGCCACCGGACAGGAGAGUACCAGUGUUCACUCUGUCCUCGAAAAUACCCCAACCUUAUGGCUCUGCGGAACCACGUGCGGGUACAUUGCAAGGCUACACGGCGAAGUACAGAUCCAGGGACUGAAGGUUCACCUAGCCCUGUCAAGAAAGAACAACCCGAUCCAGUGGGAAUAGAAGCAGCAUUCCACACAGAUGAGGAACAUGUAUGCAAACGUGAAGAAGAGGCCACCAGUAACCCCCCAACAGCAGAUAGGACAGUGUCACAGGUGUGUAGCAUUUGUGGGAUGAUGUUUGAAGAUCUCAGAAGUCUUGAACACCAUAGCAUGACCCACAGGGAAGGAGAAAAAAGCAAGACAGACAGCACGUUGUCACCAACUAGAACAUUUGCUUGCCAGGACUGUGGCAAGAGCUAUCGACACUCAGGCAGCCUUAUCAACCACAGGCAGACCCACCAAACAGGAGACUUCAGUUGUGGGGCCUGUGCCAAGCAUUUCCAUACCAUGGCGGCUAUGAAAAGCCAUUUACGACGUCAUAGUCGGCAGUGGAAUAGAAGGCAGCAGAAACAAGAUAGUAAUACAGGUGAAGAAGAAGCCAAACUCCCACCUGUGAGUACCUGGACCCUGAAGGUAGAAAACGAUGAGGGCCCGGAUUCUUCCCGAGACCCUUGUGAGACUGAAGACAACCUGGAAAGGGAUGGGGACUGUUUGCAGGCUGGAUCUAAAGGCAACAAAUGUGUGCUUAAAAGAGAGGAAGCCUGCUUUCUGGGUGAUAAAGACGGCACAGGCACUGAGGAAGGACUAGAAAAGAAAGAGACCUGUUUCCUUGACAGCUUAGACAUUCCAGGUGAUGAGGAGAGCAGUGAAACUGGCUUCUGUGGUAGCCUCCCUGGGGUGAACAGUGACCAGAAGAGCGGCAUUUGCCAGUCUGACUCCUCUUCCCACCCUGCUGACACUGACACUGUCUGGAAGGCUGAAGCCACUCACACAUGUUCUGACUGUGGGGAUUCUUUUCCCCAUGCUGCUGACCUGUCGAGUCAUAGGUCCUGCCACCCUCCAGGCAUCUAUCAAUGCUCUCUCUGUCCAAAGGAAUUUGAUUCUCUGCCUGCCCUUCGCAGUCACUUCCAGAACCAUAGGCCAGGGGAGGUAGCCUCAGCACAGCCCUUCCUCUGCUGCCUGUGCGGUAUGAUCUUUCCUGGGAGGACUGGCUACAGGCAUCACCUGCGCCAGGCUCAUGGUGCUUCUGGCAUAACUGAGGGUUCAGAAGAAGAAGAGGAAGGCACAGCAGAAACAGCCUCUACCCAUAGUCCUCCCCUGCAACUCUCAGAAGCAGAGCUGCUGAAUCAGCUGCAACGUGAGGUGGAAGCUCUAGAUGGAGCAGGUUAUGGGCAUAUUUGUGGCUGCUGUGGUCAGACCUAUGAUGACCUAGGGAGCCUGGAGCGUCACCACCAAAGUCAAAGUUCCAGCAAUAGGACUGAGAAUGUUCCUAGCCAUUUGGAAGGAUCAGAUGAUGCAAUAGAAAUGGUUGCAGAUCAUGGCUUUGAGGGCACAGUGACCUCUGUCCCAGAAGAAGGUGGAGAUAUAAAGUCUGAAGAGGGAGUAGAUGACACAGUUGCAGACAGCCUUUGCAUGGAGGCUGGUGAAAGCUUUCUGGAGUCCCACCCUCGCCCUUUUCAAUGUAACCAGUGUGGCAAGACCUAUCGCCAUGGAGGAAGCCUAGUGAACCACCGAAAGAUCCACCAGACAGGUGAUUUCAUCUGUCCUGUCUGUUCCCGCUGCUACCCCAACCUGGCUGCCUACCGGAAUCAUCUGCGGAACCACCCUCGCUGCAAGGGCUCAGAACCCCAAAUGGGGCCCAUCUCAGAGGCAGGAGGCCACAGUGAACCCCAGAAUGCUGCAGGGGCAGGGCAGGAGCAGGCUGUCAUAGGGCAGCUCCAGGAAGAACUUAAAGUGGAGCCCUUGGAGGAGCUGGCAGGUAUCAAAGAAGAAGUGUGGGAGGAGACCACUGUAAAGGAGGAGGAACUGGAACAGGGGUUAGAGACAGGCUGUCAGACAGAGGUUACCUCUGAGCGGCCCUUUAGCUGUGAAGUGUGUGGCCGCACCUACAAGCAUGCUGGCAGCCUUAUCAAUCACCGGCAGAGCCACCAGACUGGCCACUUUGGCUGCCAGGCCUGCUCCAAGGGCUUCUCCAACCUCAUGUCGCUCAAGAACCACCGGCGCAUCCACGCAGACCCUCGACAUUUUUGCUGCAGUGACUGUGGGAAAGCCUUUCGCCUGCGGAAGCAGCUGGCCAACCAUCAGCGGGUGCAUACUGAGCGACGCAGGGGCAGGGGCACCCAGAAACUGAUUCGUGAGGAUCGUCCUUUCAGGUGUGGGGAUUGUGGCCGGACUUACCGCCAUGCUGGUAGCCUCCUAAACCACCAAUGCAACCAUGAGACGGGUCGUUACAGCUGCCCUUUCUGUUUUAAGACCUUUUCUGACUGCACAGCCCUGAAAGACCAUCAGAAGCUGCAUUCUGAUAGUCAACGGAGGCGACAGUCAGGAUGGCCUCAGAGGGCAGCAGCUAUACAUUGUACCCUUUGUGGCUGUGCCUUUCCUGGCAAGGGAUCUCUAGAGCGGCACCUCCGGGAGCAUGAGGAGGCCAAACUAGAGUUGGCCAGUAGCCAGGGAAGCCAACAUGGUACAGAAGGCAGUAAGGAGAACCUUGAUGGUGACUGGGGACUAGAGAGCAGGUCAGAUGGCAUUGAGUCAGUACUGCAGCUGGAACAUGAAACCGAAAGGCCUGGGGAGCACAGUCAGAGUCCCAGUAGGCCAGCAUGUUCAGAAGUCACAGAAUCCACACAGGAGGUAGGGAUGGUGGAUGGAUAUCAAGGAGACAGGGCACAAAUGAAUCACAAUGGUUCCUGGGUUCUUCAGGAUCAGUUAACCAAGCCAGAAGGCAAGUUGGAAGACACUGUCUCUGGGAAUCCUUGUCAUCUCUCUGAGAGCCAGUCCAAUGGUCCUACUCUGAGAUGUACAGAAAGCUGGAAUGGUGCAGACAGCAGCUCUCAACUCCAACCAGAGAGCCACUGCUGCAGCCAGUGUGGCAAGACCUACUGCCAACCUGAUGGCCCCUUGGACCCCAGCAUUAGCAGGAAAGACUGUCACAGUUGUUUGUUCUGCUCCAAAGAGUUCUUGAAUCCUGUGACCACUAAGAUCCACAACCACAUUGCUGCCCAGAGCUUUGCUUGUAGUAACUGUAGCAAAGUGUUUGAGUCCCACAAUGAACUGGCCACACACAUAAAGACUCAUGCUGUUGAGCAUAGUCAGGUGUCAAGUCAGACAGAGGAGACCAGAGAUCCACAAGCUGGGAUAAUAGAGGUAGAUCUUCCUGGGCCAGGGAAAGCUCAGGAGGCCCCGUCAGGACUUCCUAGAAACCCAGAAGAGAACGGGGAGCCAGCUAAUGAAGGACAAGGAAUAAAUUUCACAGCAGCCGAAGACAAGGAACGUCCCUUUUGCUGUGCUCAGUGUGGGCGUUCCUAUCGCCAUGCUGGUAGCCUACUCAAUCACCAGAAGGCCCACACCAUUGGACUCUACCCCUGUUCCCUGUGUCCCAAACUUCUGCCCAACCUGCUGUCUCUCAAGAACCACAGCAGGACCCACACGGACCCCAAGCGCUACAGGUGCAACAUCUGUGGCAAGGCUUUCCGAACUGCUGCCCGCCUUCAGGGCCAUGGACGGGUCCAUGCACCCCAGGAGGGACCAUUCACCUGUUCUCAUUGUCCUCGCCACUUCCGCCACCGAAUCAGCUUCCUGCGACACCAGCAGCAGCACCAGGAAGAGUGGACAGUGUCUAGCUCAGGAGCGUCAGUGGCACCAGCAACAAGCAGAGGGGACUCCUCUACAGCCUCGCUUCAGGACUCCUCACCCCAGUGGCCUGCGGACCUCAAUAUCUCUCUCUGAACUUCAGGUCUCCAAAGAACAGUUCACUGAAGCUAGGGGUGCAGGCAAGGAGAGGCUUGCUCUCCACAUUUUGCUCAGGAGUUGCUUGGGCGUCCCCAUCGCCUCUUCCCACGAUGAGGACCCUGGUCUGGCUUUUUUCUCAUAAAGAGCAUGAGGUAGUCUUCAUGUCUGUGCCCAUGAAGGAUGAAGGCUCUCCUUCCCAACCCUUUGUCACCAUGUUCUUCCAGGGCCAGGCUCUGCCAAAAUGCUGGGAUAGCCAGAUCUAACCCAGGGAGAGGCAGAUUCAGAGAGUACCACAGGUGGGAAAGCUGCCUGUGGCAGGGGAGCCUUUUACUAUAGUUUGUAACUUAUUUUCUAAAAUCUAUUUUGUAACAAUUUAAGUUUUAAAAAAGGAAAAUUGCUCCCCACCCCCCUACACCCCCAAGGAAAAAAACAACUUUUUUUUUUUUUCACAACA